CCAAACGCGCGAGUAAAUACAAGAAAACUAGAUUAAAGUACGAAACGCCUCAAAAAAUCGCCACGGUAUUUAAAUCCAUUAAUAUCUACAUCAAGUUAAAGCUUGUAUUGAUGUAGCCACGAUAUUUCAAUGCCCAAAAAUUCAUCUCCAUCACUGAAGAAUCCAAGAGUCAAAAACCCACAUAGGGGAAACCCGAUCUAAUCUCCGAGCAUUGACCAGUUGAAUACAACGACAAUAGUAUAACCCAUCUAAUCCCCGAACAUUGACUAGUUGAAUCUUCUUGUAUAUAAUCACUCCAACAUCAAAACUUCGAACACCACCCACACCACCUCCAAAUCCACCCUCUAUCUCAUGGCAGAACCCAAUUCCGCGAAGGUACUCGACGUUUGCCGGGUGGCUCCGGCGCCUCGCUCCCCCAACUCAGCUGCCCAAACGCCUCUCCCUCUCACAUUCUUCGACAUUUUCUGGUUGAGAUUCCCACCGUUGCUGCCCCUUUUCUUCUACGAAUCUCCUCAUCCGAAAGCAACACUAUUAGAUACCAUACUUCCGAAGCUCAAACACUCCCUCUCUUUCACCCUCCAACACUACCUUCCGCUCGCCGGAAACCUCACAUGGCCACCGGAUUCCCCCAAACCCAUCAUCCAAUAUAACGAGGGUGACGCGGUUUCGCUUACGAUAGCAGAGUCUGAAGCCAACUUCUACCAUCUCUCGGGAAACGGUUUCCGUGAAGCUGAAAGAUUCCAUCAUUUGGUGCCCUGCUUACUGGCAUCUGAAACAAGAGCACCGGUUAUGGCGUUGCAACUGACUCUUUUUCCAAACGCGGGGUUUUCCAUCGGUUUUGCCGCCCACCAUGCGGUGUUCGACGGGAAAUCUGGAGCCAUGUUUAUACAUUCAUGGGCCUCCAUUUGCAGGUUCGGCGAAGACUCAACGCUGACGCCUGAACUAACUCCGUUCUACGACAGGACCGUAGUCAGUGACCCAUCUGAUCAAAUCGAAAAAGCUUACCGGAAUGGCUGGUUGGCACAUAACGGACCCAACAACAGAAGCCUCGAGAUAUGGGACUUGAAAGCUCCGCCGGACAUGAUGUUCGGCACAUUCCAAAUGACACAGGCAAACAUGGAGAGCAUCAAGAAGUGGGUGAAAGCUAAAUUGCAAGAGAAGAAGCAUAGAGAAAACAAGCCAGCAGCACUUCAUCAAUCAACUUUUGUAACAGCAAGUGCCUACACAUGGGUUUGCCUGAUCAAAACCCGGAAAUUACAGACCGAGAAGGUUCAGCUUGCGAUCAGCGUCGACUGCAGGGCCCGGUUAGAACCCCCCGUCCCUUCGACUUAUUUUGGGAACUGCAUCACGGGAUGCAUUGUGCACGCGGAUACAAACGAGUUGAUGGGAGAAGAUGGGGUUGCCGUAGCGGUUCGGGCAAUCGGUGAAGCGAUAGGAAGAUUGGACGACGGCGUUUUGAAAGGAGCUGAAAGCUUGAUAACUAACUUGCUUUCUCCGAGGAAGAAGGAGGGUGUGUUCGGUAUCGCGGGCUCGCCUAGGUUUGAGCUCUACAAAACCGAUUUCGGGUGGGGGAGACCGAGGAAGGUGGAGAUGGUACAAAUUGAGAAAGGUGGAGCGUUCACUCUUUCAAAUUCUAGAGACGGAAAUGGUGGGAUUGAGAUUGGGGUAGCGUUGAAGAAACAUGAAACAGAAGCUUUUGCUUCUAUGUUUGCUAGUGGCCUCGAAUAUAAUCAAGUCCAUGGCAGUUAAGCCUUUUCCUAUACCACCUUACGCGCACUUCAACCCGUGUUAAGAGUAAAGACAAUUUCAGAACUCUCGUCGACUGAAAUGUCUUCUGUGUACAUGACUUAUCGAUCUAUUUCAUUCACUGGCUAGCUUGUCUCUUACCUUCACUAGUCACUGAAAACAUGCCAAAUUUGAAAGGACAAAGCCGUCGAUAAAUCCAGAUCCAGUAAUGUGAACAUACUAUAUAGUACAACCGAAUGCCAACAUCUUAUCAAGGUGCAGAUUUAUAAGGGGCCAAAGUAGCCCUAGCAGAACAGGAACCUGGUAACAAUGAAAGGCUAUGUUCUCCUAUUAAAAUUGCAACACCACAACUGUACGUAACUAACCGCUUGAAAGAUCAUAACAACGACCCAAUAAAACCUCGUAACUUCUCCAACCACAAAAUCUCACAACUUAAUAUUACCUGGUUGAUAAACGACCACAAAAAUCUUUAUACUUAUAUAUAUACAAAAAUAUGGCUUUUGCCUAUUCCUGUACAGAUGAUAUAAAAAAAGUGGUUAUUUUUCAAAAUACUUGGGUAAAAGUAAAAAAACAAAAAAAAUUACUGUUCCGAUUCCUUUCAUCGAGACAAAUCAAUAAUCUACAAAAAUUUGGCGCAAAACUAACAAAUGUGAAAAAAAUUCAAAUGAGAACAAUUUCCAGAUUUAAAUUAAGUUUAAGUUAAGUUCAAGAGAAUGGGGUCUUAAGUCUUAACCUCCGAAGCAGUGAAAGGUUGAUUCAGCAAAGCACUUUGACCUUCGGUCAGACGCUGAUCCAUUCCGGAAAGAACAUAAAUAUGAGAAGCACACUCCCCAUCCGGCACAAUCCCAUUCUGCCCCGCCCCUGCACCAUUGAAAAGGGCCCAAAAGUGUUCAAGAAUGUGAGUAGAGAUCUCCUGUGGCAAAAAAAAAAAUCCCAAUUAUCCAUGACCAAAAACACAAUCUGCUUCCUCCGGAACCUUGGAGUUGCCACCAUAUGGAAAUACUUGGUGUUGCGAUCUCCCAUCAUUAACCAGUUCAGGUUUGGCUGUUGAGCGAGAGCCCAAUGACCCCGUUGUUUUGGGGUUUUGGAUUCUAAUCAUUAUCCCUUUUUUUUUUCAAUCAUUACUCUCAUUUUUCUCUCUAUCUCUUUCCAAUCAUUACCUCUAUUUUCAAUCAUUACUUUAUUUUUCUCUAUACUCAUUACCUACAAAUCCAAAUCCAAAAUCCCAAAACGAACGAGGUCAUAUGUUCUUGCUUCGUGACUCUCUCUCUCUCUCUCUCUCUCUCUCUCUCUCUCUCUCUCUCUCUCUCUCUCUCUCUCUCUCUCUCUCUCUCCUCAAAUUGUUAUGCACAUCACUAAGAGCCCUCUGAAGAUGGUUAACCUGGGUUUGCAUGCAUCGGAGUCAAUUUACUCCAAUUUCAAAGGUGUCACGACAUCACCUCCCGUUUAUGCAUGAGCGAAUACAUAUCUGAACCCGCAAAUUUAACCUACCAAGCUUUACAAAUGAUUGGUUGUGAGUCUGGACUACACAGCCAAGCAGCUUCAAACCGAAAUUGUGAUCUAGACUUCAAAGAAAAUCCAGGAGCAUUCCCCGUAGACAGGUUCAACUAAAAUAUCUCGACAACAGAUGGAAAUGGACUAGAGACAGAACUGCUGUGGUUAGAGAUAUUAUAAGGAGUACCCUUGAUAAUUUCCCUAUGGUGAGACGUUCUAAUUAGAUUCAUAGACACAGAGUGUGCAACAAAAAUGUUAAUGGUACCUUGUUUAGAAACAUAACCAUUUUAUUGUAGCAGAGGAGUAAAAUUGAUGGCAGAGCAAGUAAAAGAAAUAUUAUUGGAAUCUAUAAAAGAAAGGUCGAUAAGCCCAAAAGAGUUCACCUACCCCGUCCACUCAUUCUGCUCAAAUGUCCUCACCCAACUCUAGAGGGAUUGUUUAGACAGCAAAUGGAAAUGGAUGACAUAAAUCUCUAUUUCAUUGCAUUUCAAACGGUGUCUAAGUCAAAAGGGAAUGAUUUUGUACUGUGAAUAAACAAACACACCCUUUGAGAUUAAGUUCAUAGAUAUUAGGCAAUGAUGGAAAGAAAUGCUAGAACGGCCUAUGCAUUUGCCAAAUUAUCUUCUUCUUUGCUUAGUGCAAGUGUGCAACUGCCAACAAAGCAAGCCCUUUUGCAGAAUGAAUUCUGGAGAAUACUUCAUCCAAGCCUGAAAUUUAGGCCCAUCCCAAUCUAGUGAAGAAACAGAAAGUGCCUGGUUUUUUCAAGUAACCACUUUUGCUCCAAUAGUAAGAUGGUAAACCGGAAGCCUAAGAAUAACUUGAUACCAGAUUGAAUUGAUACAUUUAUCAAAUAAAGUGAUACCAGUAUGUUACCAAGUGUGCUGACAGUGGACUGACAGCUCACUUUCAUAAUGUUUCGCCUAAAAAGGACAAAGGAAAUAAUACCCUUUUCCUGGACUCAUUCCUUUUGCAGCUCCAAGCUCUCCACAAGUGACAUCCAACCGAGAAUUCAAAAAAGACAGAUUAUAACUAGAGCAAAACUGACAUAGCACACAAGCAAAUAAAAUAAAACAUAUGCACUGCACUUUCAGGAUCAGCAAGCAUGGCAAAUGUGACGUCACAGGAUGCAGCUACUUCUUUGGGAGAUGAUUUAUACCUGGAUACAAUCAAUCAAAGUUUUCUACAACAGUUGCCUUAUAAAAGCAUUAGAAUCAGUCACAGAAAAUGGUUUGGCAUCAAACAUACUAGCGGGAAAACCUAAAGGCAUUGAUGGGAAGGGGAUGAGGGAGAUUCUAACGCUAUCGUUAGGGUUAUAACUAGUUCAUCAUUCUUUACUGCCACCUCUAGUCUAUUGGAACAGCCGUCUUUAAACUAUAUUUGUUCCGACAUGUAGGAGUGGUAAAAUGAUAUGCAGGAGUUUACAUUGUAUUGUAGUACAGAGACCCUAACCAAAUCAGUACAUCGUACACGGACUUACUGCCUUACUUUGCACCCCGUGAGAUAAGAGGACCACAUUUGCUCUGCGUUCUAUUCCAAACAGUUACAUCGCAUCUACAAACAUGCCAAUCAUCAAUAAACCUCAUGUAUAAUUAUUGAUUUGAAUACAAGGAAAUGUAGUUGCCCAAACAGAUAUCAUCAUUUUUCGAGUACAGCACUGGGGAGUCUUUUGUCAUUCUUUUAAACUCUCUCAAUGCAUUUCUUUUUCUAAGAUUUCAUCUUUUGCUCAUUAUGAUUAUUGAAAAUUUUCUUUGCCGAACCCAAAAAAAAAACAAAACAA